AUGGAGUAACACAUUGUGUAAAUACAGUCAACACACUUUGUAUUGUGUAAAGUCGUCGUUGAUUUCAGGUCCAUUCUCAGGUAGCAGUUUCAGCACCAUGUUGAUGAACAGCGACAUUGACCAAUGUUACAUUAGUCCAUUAAACAGGCUUGUUUUACACAUCCUUUUUUUGUAAGGUGUACUGAAUAUUUUGGCCACUGGGAGUAUAGAAUAAACUAUGUAUUUGAUAAUAGUUCACUAUAUCUAAUAUAACACUGUACAUAUUUUCUUGUUUUUGUUCAGAAUAUAAGUCAGUGGUGUUAUUAUGUCUAUAAAAAUGUCCAUUUGACACCCACUUAACAAGCCUGUAUUAACAAUCUUAAUAUUGUUUUAUUAUAAUGAAUGUCAACAAAUAUGUUGAUUGUUAAUUGCAGUUGAUUACAACUACAAUGUAACAUAUUUCUCUAAUGUGUUCCUCUUAUUUAGCUACAGCAGGUAAACAUAAUAUUAGGAACUGCUAAUGCAGAGCAGUUCUACAUGGCUGUAAAAAAAACAUCCACAACAAUACACAUAAAUAACCCUGGGUAUUAUUUUGUCUUUAUGGGCAAAAUGUGUAUUUUGGAAGAACAUAUGAAAAUAAUGCUGUGGGCAUGAAUCACAAUGUAUUUAUUGGUAUUAUCAAAUCAUUGGUUGUUUCCCUAAGAACAUUGUUAUACUUGCUCUACAGUGAUUGCACAUAUGCAGUGUGUGUGUGUGUGUGUGUGUGUGUGUGUGUGUGUGUGUGUGUGUGUGUGUGUGUGUGUGUGUGUGUGUGUGUGUGUGUGUGUGUGUGUGUGUGUGUGUGUGUGUGUGUGUGUGUGUGUGUGUGUGUGUGAGACACAGUGCUGCUCAGAGUGCCUCUGAUUGGCUGAGGGUGAAAGCUGCUGAGCACCAAUAGCAGUCAGAGCCGUACAAAGAGAUCUUCUCCCUCCCCCCAUACUUAGCAACACAACCACAAUGCUCAGUGUAGAGAGGAGAGAAGGUACAUCAGUCAUGUACUGCCAGGAUUUCAUUUAUUUGGACUUAUAUUUUGGACUAUGAACGGAUUUUGUUUUCCCUCACCAUGUCGCAUGUUGGAAAUAUGGAUUUUGUCUUCAUGGUCUGUCUUCUUUUGGAUUGGAAUUGAUGCAUUUUAGAGGAUCAAGGAUGACAAAGACAAUAGGAUACAGAGACUGGAGAUGGCAGGCUCUUUUGUGGCAUCACGUCUUUCUCUUGUGGACUACAGUGGAUGCACAGACUCGUUACAGCAUCCCAGAGGAGCUCAAACGAGGUUCUGUGGUGGGAAAUCUGGCCAAAGAUCUGUCUUUGGGACUGUCUGAGAUAUUUGAGCGCAAGCUGCGCGUCGCCUCUGAGGCUGGUAAGCAGUAUUUCAGCGUGGAUGCGGGGAAGGGCGAGCUGCUGGUCAAUGACAGAAUAGACAGAGAGGCUUUAUGCGGACAAAGCGCCAGCUGUGUGCUCCCUCUGCAGGUCGUGGUGGAAAAUCCAUUAAGAUCAUAUCGAAUUGAAGUCGAAAUUAAAGACAUUAAUGACAAUUCACCUCGUUUUCUGACGGAUGAAAUUAAUCUUAAAAUACCAGAAUCUGUUGCGGUUGGUACACGUUUUCCUUUGGAGAGUGCAGAAGAUCCUGAUGUUGGAGGAAAUUUCUUAAAGAGUUACACAAUAUUAAAAAAUGAUUAUUUUUCUUUGAAAUUUAAAAACGAAAAAAAUGGUCUUACAGCACCAGAGUUGUUGUUAGAGAAGUCUUUGGACAGAGAAAAUAUGUCCAUCCAUCAGCUGCUAUUAACAGCACUGGAUGGAGGAAACCCUGUUAAAUCUGGAACAUGUAAAAUUAUAAUUCAUGUACUUGAUAUUAACGACAAUGUUCCUAUUUUUGAUGAAAAAGAGUACAAAUUAUCUUUGAAGGAAAAUAGCACGAAAGGAACAUUUGUAUUAAAAGUUAAAGCUACAGAUAUUGAUCAUGGCGUUAACAGUGAAAUUAAAUAUUCCUUCGGGUCUCGCACUGCAGAGGCUGUUUUAUCAACAUUUGAAAUUGACGAACAAACAGGCCAAAUAGUUUUAAAAGGAGAAUUGGAUUAUGAAACAUUCCCAACGUAUCUGAUUGACAUUACUGCCAAAGACAAAGGUGUACCUGAAAUGGAGGGUCACUGUCGCCUGCAGCUUAAUGUUGAAGACAUCAAUGAUAAUGCUCCUGAAAUUAUUCUGACUUCUAAACCCAGUCCUGUAAGAGAAGAUGCUGCAUCUGGCACAGUGGUGGCUUUGAUUAGUGUUAAAGACAUUGACUCUGGUAAUAACGGAAAGGUGACGCUUCAGCUUCCCAAAGGCUCACCGUUUGCCCUGAAACCGUCCUUUUCCAAAAGUUUUGAACUAGUAACCAGUGGAGCUUUAGACAGAGAGAGAGUGUCUGAGUACAAGAUUGAGAUAACAGCCACUGAUUCAGGAUCUCCUCCUCUCUCCAGUAAGAAAAUGAUAUCUGUCAGCAUCACUGAUGUCAAUGACAACCCUCCUGUAUUCUCUCAGAGCUCUUAUAAUGUUUAUCUAAAAGAGAACGGAGUAGCAGGUUCUAUACUGUACUCGGUGUCUGCAUGUGACCUGGAUGCUGGCGAAAACGCCAAAGUGUCUUACUCUAUCGUGGACUCUAAAGUGCACGACGUGUCCGUGUCGUCUUACGUUUACAUGAACUCAGAGAACGGCAGCAUCUACAGCAUGCACUCCUUUGACUACGAGAAAGUCAAAGUGUUCCACAUUCAGGUUCAGGCAAAGGACCAGGGCUCUCCGUCUCUCAGCACCAACGCCACCGUCCAUGUUUUCAUCCUGGACCAGAACGACAACGCCCCCGCUGUUAUUUACCCUUCCCCCCACGCUGCCUCCCACCUGCGGGUGCCCCGCACGGCCAAGGCGGGCCACCUGGUCACCAAGGUGACGGCCGUGGACGCGGACUCGGGCCACAACGCCUGGAUCUCGUACAAAGUGUCUGAGGCCACAGACGCCUCUUUGUUCACGGUCAGUGUGUACACAGGGGAGGUGAGGACUAAACGCGCUGUGUCCGAGCACGACGACUCCUCUCAGAGGCUGCUUGUAGAGGUCCAGGACGACGGGGAACCGGUCCAGUCGGCCACCGUCACGCUGUCCGUCCUGCUGGAGGACGGUGUGAGCGAGCCCAUGUUGGAGCUGAGACACAAGGUGUCCGAGCCCAGUAAGACAAGCGGCACAAUCACGCUUUAUUUGAUCGUGUCUCUGGCCUCGGUGUCCGUGCUGUCUCUGGUGACUUUGCUGGUCUUAGCGGUGAAAUGCUUGAGGAGCAGCGGAAGCGACGCUAGUUGCUGCAUGAGACGGACACACUGUGAUGAGGACAAGAAGCCCAACAGAAACCUGCACAUUCAGCUCAACAGUGAUGGACCUAUCAAGUACGUGGAGGUUCUGGGAGGAGACGUCAUGUCUCAGAGUCACUCCUUCAGGUCGUGCAUGUCUCCAAUGUCAGAGUACAGCGAUUUCACUUUGGUGAAGCCCAGCAGCACCACUGACUUUAAGGAGGUCAUCAGCGUCCUGGACGCCUCUUUACCUGACAGCACCUGGACCUUUGAGAGCCAGCAGGUGAGUAGAGAAUUUCACAGGAAAUGACAAAAAUUUGACUACAGUUACAACUAGAAAAGAGAUAACCUAUCUCUUUUUCAGAGCAUUAAAAGACUAUAAAAUACUUUUAGUAGGAACUUUUAAAAGUAUAAUUUAAGUACUUGUUAAUCAUCAUUUUAAUUUUAGUACGGUCCAUGUUCAUUCAUAAAUAUAACUUAUUGCAAAAAUGCAGUCGACACACUUUGUGUUGUUCAAGGUCGUGUUUUAUUUCAGGUCAAUUUUCAAGUAGCAGUUUCAGCACCACAUUGAAUAACAGCGACAUUGACCAACGUUAGAGUUUUAACCAUUAAAUAAUGUUAAUGACU